AACUUACAUGUUUAUUUCUUUAAACAACUUAAAAGGUUUGCCUGUGGUUUUGCUUAAACAGCGCCCGACACCCCAACUAUAGAGUAGCCCAGAAUCUGGGGUUAUAACCAGCUACCGUUGUUGGCGAGCUAGCGCUAACCUACGACCUAACCGUGCUAAGCGUGAGACCGUGCUAGCUACCUAGCUAGCCAGCUAGCAGGUUAGUCUGUGACUGGGCUGCUUGUUCACUACGCUCCAAACAUGGCUGACCUUAUUGAGGAGAAGAUCAAGAACUACAGGACUGCUCCCUUUGAUGCCCGGUUCCCAAACACAAACCAGACCCGCAACUGCUUCCAGAACUACCUGGACUACCACAGGUGCAACAAGGCCCUCUCGGAAAAAGGCCAAGAUGAGAGUCCUUGUCAGUGGUACCAGAGGGUAUACAAGAGCCUCUGCCCAAUGAGCUGGGUUUCCAAGUGGGACGAUCAGAUCGAGGCAGGAAGUUUCCCUGGGAAGAUCUGAAAUGGCCAGCUGAUGAGCGCUGACCCAGACAGUCCACCUCAGGACCUCCACCAGACAGUCCACCUCAAGACACACUGUUACUUGUGCCUUGACCUCUGUAAUGUGCCUCAGGACACUUCUAAACCAUUUAUCUCAGACAUGGACGUUUCUAAUGUUUGUAAUGUUACAGUACAUAAUGGAAACACGCACAAGUUUUCAUCCUGCAGAAUGAUGUCAAAGGUUUGUUUCAUCUUCUCAGUUUCUGCUACUCUUGUUGCCAGUGUUCAUUAAAUAAACGCGAUACAG